AUGGACCACAGCGGUAUGGGUCACGGAGGAAUGGAUGAUGGCCAAUGUUCCAUGAAUAUGCUCUUCAAUUGGCAAGUGAAAGGCCUCUGUAUCGUCUUCGAGUCGUGGAGAGUCACAGGCCCUAUGUCGCUUCUCCUCUCUCUUGCCGCUAUUGCCCUCCUUACAGCUGGCUACGAAUGUGUUCGGGAAAUAAGCAGGAGAUAUGACGAGAGAUUCAAUGCCAGAAUGAAUGCAUUCAACACAAGCCUUCCGGCGGAAUCAAGCUCACUGCUUGCAGGAUCGGAGUCGAGGGAAGGAGCAGGACGGCAAGGAACGAUUGUCAGAGCUGGUCUAUAUGCCUUGCAGGUCUUCUAUAGUUUCUUCAUCAUGCUACUGUUCAUGACCUACAACGGCUUUGUGAUGGGGGCGGUGGCAGUUGGCGCAUUCAUCGGAUAUGUGGCUUUCAGCAAUAAAACUUCGCCCACCAAAGCUGCAGCGUGUCAUUGA